AUAUCGUAACGCAACUCGUCAAAAUGGGUCGCGAUAUUUGCAUCGUAUCAAUUUCGUACUGGGACAAUUUUCGUAUCCAUCUUCUUUCAUUAAUAUUCGGCGGUUGGGUUUUCUUUAAACGUUUCAUAAAAUGGAUCUGGGACCCAAAUGGGUUUUUUAAGCUGCAGCUAAGGGACAACCCGCCAAACUGCUUGUUGGACUCAAAUCUAGGUCAACACAAGUAUGUCAAAUUAAAGGGUGUGAAACUGCAUUAUGUAGAAUCAGGACAAAAGGAUGAGCCUCUAGUCUUACUCCUUCAUGGUUUUCCAGACUGUUGGCUGAGCUGGAGACAUCAAAUUCCUAUAUUAUCCCAAGAUUUCCGGGUCGUGGCGCUAGAUCUUAAAGGCUUUGGUGACUCGGAUAAACCAGAAUCGAAAAAGCUCUACAAGGUCGAAACAAUCCUUGAAGAACUGAAGCAACUCAUUUCUGCUCUAGGAGUUUCCAGCUGUGUUAUCAUCGGACAUGAUUUGGGUGCACUGAUAGGGUGGUACUUUGUGCAUCAACAUCCAGAAAUGGUGGAAAAAUUCUUUGCUGUAUCCUGCCCUCAUCCCAAUGUCUAUUGGAAAAGCUUGUACUCGACUUUCCAGUAUCAAUGGAUGAAUUUCGUACAACUACCUUACCUCCCGGAGAUCGAUGCGUUAAAAGAAGACGUGAAAAUGAUAUCGGAUUAUCAUAACCAUUUGCCUAGCAAAGAUGUUUACUUGGAGGCCUACAAGUACGCCUUCUCAAGAAAAGAAGACUGGACGGGGCCUAUAAAUUACUACAGAAAUCUGCCAUUUACAAAAAUUUGUGAUAAUUGUGAUCAAAUCAAUUUGUCAGUUGUGCUGAUAACAGGAAAUAAGGACAAAUAUUUACGACUCGAGGAUGUGGUCAAGUCUACGGACUAUUGUGAAAAGUUUUACAUGAAAAUAAUUGAUGGGGCUGGUCACUUUCCCCAUCAAGAGAAUCCAGAAAUGUUUAAUAAGGUGUUAUUAAAAUAUCUGAGGCGGAAAAGUGUAAGUAAAACAGUGGAAAGAUCACCAUCUAAAAAACUAAUGGAAAGAAUGUUCGGUGCGGUUAGUAAUAUUCAGACUUACGGAAAUUCUGUUCUAGAUAGUGUGCAAAAGAAAACUAAUGGUGUAGUGAAUUUUCCCAAUUUUAAUUUGGGCUUAAGCAAUAGUAACAAUGAAGAUGAACUGACUGAUAAUUUUAAGUUUUUGUAAAAUGUAUUUAUUAUAAUUUUAGUACGAGUCUCAAAUAAUUUAGGGCAACUAAUUUUAUAUAAAAUUUAUAUUAUUAAAUGUAAUGUAUUUUUGUUAGAAAGUAUAUGUAUAAUUAUGAUAUUAGUAAAAUAUCAUUCAUUAUCUCAA